CGCAAAAGCUGYCAGAGGUAGAAGGACCCUUCGUGUCUAUAUUAAAUUUCGUCGUGUAGAUUCACCCAAAGACGCGCCACGAUGAUCGCCGCCCGACAUGAUUCAGUUGUUUUCUGUAUGAUGGAAUUAUUCGUGCUGGUUGCGUUAUUGUUGCCUGGAGUCAGAGGUGGAUUCAUCGAUAUGGAUACACCCCUUGACAAGCGAACUACAAUAUCGCAAGUCGAUAAAACGGUGUAUCAUUUGGUAGGUCUCUUAUUUUGAUGCCGGAAUGACCGAGUUCAAUCGCAUCAUCUUCUUCUUGCUCACAAARCUGGUAAUGGUGAUAACUUUGGUUCAAUCGCUCUCACCGUCAUUUUCUUGUUUAGGUAAUGUCGGAUGAAUUCAACACACCAAAUCGUAGUUUUACCGAUGGCCAUGAUUCAGUCUGGACUGCACUAGAUAAACCUGAUGAUGAUUCUUCGUCAGCUGGAGGCGGUUCUCAACAGUUCUACAAUUCUAGCUCUGUGACAACAGACGACGGUUAUUUGAAAAUCUCAACUACUAUUGGCAACACGGAGUGGCGGAGGKAUGAUCCAGUCAAGAAAGAAUACAAAGAUGAAAAGGCAUAUUUUAAGUCAGGCAUGCUUCAAUCMUGGGAAAAGUUUUGCUUCACAGGCGGAAUCCUUGAGGUUGACAUUAUUCUUCCAGGGGACCCCUUCAUUGCUGGACUUUGGCCGGCAGUUUGGAUGCUUGGAAAUUUGGGGCGGGCCACUUACGAGGCAUCGACGAACAAUAUCUGGCCAUGGUCUUUUGAUACAUGUGAUCGAAAAUUACAACCUGCGCAGGCAAUAUCGGCAUGUAACGAGCAAAACCACUACGGCAUGCACGCCUUUCAGGGUCGGGGAGCAACAGAAAUUGACUUGAUCGAAGUCAUGACUGGAGAUUCUGAUGGACCGUUGCCUGGAACUGAUCCACCUGUUGGACUUCCAUAUGGCGAUAUGACACUGCAGGUGAGUUUUUUCACCAGUKUCUUUAAUCUGUGACCGAGUAGGAAAGUUGACUUCAAGAUUACAGAACUUUGAGCUCAGUUAAUCUUUUCCAUUUUGCCCACUCUAUUUUACCAUUCAAAUUCUCACGCGCUUUUCUGAUUAGGUUGCACCCGGAGUCACGAAAAAUAGACCGCAAUGUUGCUCGGUUCCAUUAUAUGAGUCGACUGUUUCAGCCAAUGGGCACACGGAAUAUUUGGCCAAUACUUGGUAUGAGGGCCUGGAGAUGCACGGAAAUACCACUAUCAAUCCCUUCUUCUAUGGGACUUAUAUGGGCGAAACAAAGCCUGGCGAACCUGUAACGAGAACAAAAGAACAAGCCUUUCAGGCAGAUGCUGUCGGAGUAGCACAUCAAUUGACUCGGGAGCACUUCCGAAAGCUUCACACCUUCCGGGUCGAAUGGCAACCCGGUAGGGGUGGAAGRAUUGACUGGUUUGCUAAGAAAGAACGCAAAACCGAUUCAUCAAGUACCAGCGAAGGCGAUGAGUCCGAGGACGAAUGGUUGCAUGUGUAUGGAAUCAAAGACGAUUCUUUGGAGAACCUAAUGGGUUCCCAAAUACCUAUCGAACCCUCUUAUUUGAUUUUGAAUACUGCAGUGUCGUCGACAUGGGGAUUCCCGAUCGCGCCUGACAACUGUGAGAAAAAGUGCUUCGAUUGUGAAGAUCCGAAAUGCAGUUGUAAUUUUCCACCCGGUUUCUGUAAAAUGCUACGAGAGACCGAGGUCGCCAUGUACGUCGAUUCGAUUCGAGUAUACCAAAGUCGAGAYCCAGACGCACACGUAGGUGCCAACCACACUGUUGGAUGCGACCCAGUAGAUUAUCCUACAAAAGAAUGGAUCAAGGGACACAAAUACCAGUACAUGAGAAAUGCUCCUUUCUCGUACGAAGACCACGGGAUUCCAUUGAAGAAAGUCCAAACAGGAGGAGGAAAAUGUGAAACCGACAACGAUUGCGGUGGACAUAUUUCGAGCGUCAAUUUAACCGAAGCCUACGAGGGCGGAGAGACCGAAAGGAAUUUGGAAAGCAAUGUUAGAGAUACCGAUCCGAAAGGUCGGGGAAAAUGCGUUUCUCGGUCCGAAUUUAGCAGUCCUCUCUUCAAAGAAUCAUCGGGCGCAAAAAGUGUUUGCAAGUGCAACCCUGGCUACACCGGACCUCAMUGCCUGGCUCAAAAGCACGUCGACGAUACCACCAGCGCGUUCGAGGAGAAAAUGAAGAAAUCGGUUUUCAACUCGGUUCCCAGGAUUUACGUAUCACCAGUCUUGCUUGUUGGACUAGCGGGCAUCCUCGCGAUCGCAAUCUUUUUUGCCUGCAAGGUGGCGGGCAUGAAGAGACGCGAAAAAGAAAUGGAAAGGGAACUAUCGAAGCUGAGGUGAAAGGAAUGGUAAUGUGAAUGGUCCGCAACCAAUGUCACUUUUCCUUUGUAUUUUCUCCAACUCCAAGUGGGACGAUUGGAUUGGAUAUCAUCUCGUCAGAAUGRACGUUUUAUUUGGCGCAAUCAGCGAUGCUAUUAUGAUGUACGAACAGCUCUUGAAUAACAAUAGAUCUUCUUGCUAAAC